AGAGCCGGUAGUUGAGUAGAGGAAUCCCUGUUGCUGUCACUAUGAGCUCUCCCAGGAAUGGAUACAGGGAUCGGCUGAUCCUCGCUGUGGAUGUCGGGAGCAGCGUGUUGAGGUGUCACCUGUACAACCAGUCGGGCGAGAUCUGCGGGAGCGCAGAGGACAAGCUGAAAGUUCUGUAUCCUCAGGCCGGAUAUGUGGAAAUCGAUCCUGAGUCCUUAUGGGAGCAGUUUGUCAGGGUUGUGAAAGAGGCAGUCGCAGAUGCAGGGAUCCAGAUGAGUCAAGUGGCUGGUCUUGGGAUUUCAACACAGAGAGGAACAUUCAUCACAUGGAACAAGAAAACUGGAGAAACUUUUCAUAACUUCAUCAGUUGGCAGGACCUACGUGCAGCUGACCUGGUUUCUUCUUGGAACCGCUCUCUGCUGCUCAAGGCUGUUCAUGGGGUUUGCACGGCCUUGCAUUUCUUCACUCGAAGGAAACGGUUCCUGGCAGCCAGCUUGAUCAAUUUCACUACACAGCAUGUAUCUCUGCGGCUGGUCUGGGUCUUACAAAACAUUCCACAGGUGCGUCAAGCAGCAGAGAAAGGAAACUGUUGCUUUGGUACCAUCGACACAUGGCUGCUGCAUAAGCUCACUAAAGGCACUGUUUUUGCAACAGACUAUUCAAACGCAAGUGGAACAGCAGUUUUUGAUCCUUAUCUAAUGUGCUGGAGCUCUUUUCUCUGCUCUUUGCUGUCGAUUCCCUUGUCUAUAUUUCCUCCUGUGGAGGACACAAGUCACAGCUUCGGGCUUGCAGAUCCUACUAUAUUUGGAGCUCCGGUGCCUAUCCUUGCAUUGGUCGCUGACCAGCAAGCUGCCAUGUUUGGACAGUGCUGUUUCGAUGUGGGGAGCGUCAAGUUAACGAUGGGAACAGGAUCAUUCAUUUCUAUUAAUACUGGAGAAACACUUCACACAUCUAUUGCAGGUUUGUACCCGCUGAUUGGCUGGAAAGUUGGUGACGAGGUUGUGUGUUUGGCUGAAGGAAAUGCCUCCGACACUGGCACCGCUAUCAAAUGGGCUGAGGAGCUAAAUCUCUUCACCAGUGUUGCCGACACUGAGACAAUGGCCCGGAGCGUCCCUGACUGCGGGGGGAUUUACUUCGUACCAUCUUUUUCUGGCUUGCAGGCGCCUAUAAAUGAUCCCUACGCCUGUGCCUCAUUCAUGGGCCUCAAACCAUCCACCAGCAAGAGCCAUCUGGUGAGAGCCAUCCUGGAGUCAGUGGCAUACAGGAAUAAGCAGCUGUACGACACUGUGCUCAGGGAAACCACUAUCCCCAUCACACUUAUCAGGGCAGAUGGGGGUGUCAGUAAUAACAACUUCAUCAUGCAGAUGACAGCAGAUUUACUUGGUCAAACUAUCGACAAACCAAAACACACAGACAUGUCUUCUCUGGGAGCUGCUUUCCUUGCUGGUAUGGCUGUUUAUGGUCCACUAAAGACGAGCUAAAGAAACUGAGGACGACUCAAUGUGAAUUUGAACCCCAGGCUAAGUGGAAAGAGUAUGAGCGGUCUAUGGGAAGCUGGGAGGUGGCCCUGCAGCGUUGCUCCAACUGGUACAAUACCACGGCAUCUAGGAAGUCCCUGGCGACAUGGUUUCAGCCAAUUAGGGUCUGGAAUGCUCUGGGAUGGGUUUUUUGGUUGGUAUUUCUACUACUUCUGCACCUACGAACCAGUUUCCCUGUUAGUGAAUUGCUAUGUUAGUAAUCCCCUAUAUGUGCCUCAAGUCACACUCGCUAGACUGCACUCCCUUUUCUGUUCUCUAAUGAUCAGAUGUUAAGCACCAGGCAUUCUGGGAGGUCCAUAGAACAGGGCAGUUGGGUGACUGUUCCAUAACACAGUACAGUCUUGUUAUUAUUAGAUCUAACAAUUCAUGGGCCACAUUAAAUUCUACUGUACAGUUCCCACUUUCACCCCUGUAAAGAGGUAAGAGGAUGGCAAUGAUCAUCUUCUAUAUCCUUGCAUGACACAUACCCUAGCCAGUGGAGGAGAAUAUACCGUAUGAAGAGCAGGAAUUCUAAUGCAAAGGGAUUGCCCCAUAUUUAGAAUAGGGAACAUAUCCAACAGAAAUAAAUGGAAUUUGUUAUAUUUGUUUUUAUCUUUUAUUGUUUUUAAAAGCCUUAAAACUGAUGGUAUAGCAAGUUGUAGAGCCAGGGAGAAGCAGAUCCGCUACCCUUCCCCAGCUCCAUUCAUGUGUAGUGAAAAGUGCAACUUCCACUUUGUGUGCAGGCACGCAGCGCCGAGGUCGUCCCGAAAAUGCCUACUUUCACAUAGGGAGCGGAUCUGUUUCUCUCAGCCUGCAUAACAAAAGUAACAAAAUGCUGGGUGAAAGCAACCAAGCCAACCCUAUGUGUGCCUACGAGCCUACGAACAAACACAAAAAGGUUCAAAGCCCCCUAACCUGCUUCUGCGUAUUUCAAGGCAUUAUACUAACUAAUACAGGUAUGGAAUCUGUUAUCCAGAAUGCUCGAGAGCUGCGGUUUUCCAUAGUUUGGACACAUAAACAUUAAAGGAAACCUAUACCCCCAAAAUGAAUACUUGAGCGACAGUUUAUAUCAAUUUAAGCGGCAUAUUAAUGAAUCUUCCCAGACUGAUCUAUAUAUUUAAGUAAAUAUUGCCCUUUUACAUCUCUUGCUUUGAACCACCAUUUUGUGAUGGUCUGUGUGCUGUUUCGGAGAUCACCUGACCAGAAAUACUAUUACUUUAACUGUAACAGGAAGAAGUGUUGAAGCAGAAGACAGAACUCGGUCUGUUCAUUGGCUCAUGUGACCUAACAAGUAUGGUUUGUUUGUGUGCGCCAAGAAUCCUACGAUCCCAGAGGGCGGCCCUUCUUUUUUUAAAAUGACAGUUUUCUAUUUAUGAUUACCCAAAUGCACAUACUAUUAAAAAGUAUAUUAUUAUCAAAAUGGUUUAUUUACAUGAAGCAGGGUUUGACGAAUGAGCUGUUUUAUGCGAUAUCUUUUUAUAGAGACCUACAUUGUUUGAGGGGUAUAGUUUUCCUUUAAAUAAACCCAAAGGGCUGGUUUUACUUCCAAUAAGGAUUCAUUCUUUGUCGGGAUCAAGUAUAAGCUACUGUUUUAUUAUUCCAGAGAAAAAAAGACAAUUUUUUUUUUAAAAUUUGGAUAAAAUGGAGUAUAUGGGACAUGGCCUUUCCGUAAUUUGUGGAUAAUGAGUUUGUGGAUAACUGUUCCCAUACCUGUAUCUCAAUGUAAGCAAGCUGCUACUAACACAUAAGCAUUUGCCAUUCUUCCCUGCUAAAUAACUCUGCUAAAAUACCAACAGGGGAUACAUGACUUGUGUAUUAGUACAUGUAGGUACAAGUAUAAAAUUGCUACCAUUCCCACAUCAAGAUAAACCCCAUAUAGUGGUCCUACCUGUUACCUCUGCUCAUAUCCAUGGCCAGUUGCAUUAUUGUGAAAAAUAUCUCCUGACCAAUCCAUUGAUUUUUCAUUCUGAUCUGCCCCUGCUGUAACUUAUAGGGGAGAGAUCUCCAAGACAAGCAAAUCGAUUUUAAAGCCCUAUGAGCGCCAGUAUAGGAAAGGGAUUGUCUACUUCCUUCAGAAUAACAAAAGUACAAGGGGGGAGCAUUGCAAUGGUAAUUAAAGAAAUGAUCCUCUUCAACUUGACUCCCAGCUUAGGACAUACUGUAUUGUAUCAGGGGGGACAAUGUGCAUAAGGAAUAGGGCAAGUCUUUUAGAACCUCUUCUGGCUACCUCUGUUAUGUGAUGUUUAUAUUAAAAAUAGUGGUGUAAUGAAGUAACUGGACCUUAUAUAAUCACUGUGAAGAAAUGAAAUGAUUUUGUAACAAAUGCAGUUUAUUUUGUCAGUCUUUUGUUAUCUUUGUAAAUUGACUGUUUUGAAUAAUAAAAAUAUAAAUAAAUGGAA